ACGGCUCUUACAGACGAUGGGCACCGCUGCUGAUUAGAGUGGAAGGGAAAGAUGAAACGGGGAAUAACGCCAGCUUAAUUUGCACUCCUCCUCAGUAUUCAUAGACAGUUAUACUGGUGUACUAGUAUAAUUUAUAAACACCAGUACCGAACGUUAAUGCAUGUUUUAAUUCAGUUUAGGUGAAAGAGGGUAGCUCGUCGGCUAGUUCACUCUUUGAAGUUCGGCACAGUUCGUCGAGGUUCUUUUGAGGCUCGGGAAACGGUGCGCAGAAAAGUCGUUAAAAGUCAGAGUUGUACCGCGCUCAGAGUUGACCACAUAACGAAUUAACAGGUCACUUCCCUCAAGCACACGGCGAAAGUGAACGCCGGCCGCUUCGGGGGAUUUUUGUGGCCGUCAGAAGUGCUCGGUGACAGAAGUUUGGGACGUGCGAGCGCCGGCCGAGGUCAGCCAUGGUGAACAACCAGGCGACGGGCAGCGGAGCAGCCCCCCGGGCGUGUGCGGGCUGCGGGGGCCGCAUUGCAGACCGCUUCCUGCUCUUCUCCAUGGAGCGCUACUGGCACACGCGAUGCCUCAAGUGUUCCUGCUGCCAGGCCCAGCUAGGUGACAUUGGCACCACCUGCUUCAGUAAGGGUGGCAUGAUCCUGUGUCGGAACGACUACAUCAGGCUGUUUGGACACACAGGGGCCUGCAGUGCUUGCGGUCAGUCCAUCCCUGCUAGCGAGAUGGUGAUGCGGGCACAAGGCAACGUGUACCACCUCAAGUGUUUCACAUGUGCCACCUGUAGAAACAGACUGGUGCCAGGCGAUCGCUUCCACUAUGUCAAUGGCACCAUCUUCUGUGAGCAUGACCGCCCCGGAGGUGCACUCAUGAGUGGACACCUGCCCCCCCUGCAGGGCAACACAGUGCUGCCUGACCAGAAGGUGUGCUGAGAAGGCUGGAUCCAGCAGCUGCAGCGUGCCUUCAACCCUUCUGCCAAAACACUGUCCCCCUUCUAUGGACCCAGUUUCUGCUCCUGAUGUCACUGUUGUAUGUCCUCCUUUGCAGAACAGAACUGUUUCAAAGUCCUGAAUUAAAUUAAAUGUACACACAUGUAUGUAUUGGAAUUAAACAACCUG